AUGUCGAAAGGCAAGGAACAAAUAAAGGUUAUAUUGUCCGGCAAUGAUGAUAAACGUGUGAAUAUUAAACGCGAUACGUCAUUACCGACUCAUUUACAGAUACGUGAAUAUCUGGGUGCAUUCGGAGAUGACGAUUCGACGACAUGUACAUAUGACUGGUACGAUGCGCAGGAAUUUAACGCGAAGCAUCUUGAGAAUUAUGUUUGUUCAUUUGUGGGUUCUGUUGAAGAUCUAACCAAGAGUUCUGAUGGUUUUUUCAAUAAACCACAGAAACCAAAUCCUUAUUAUUUUACAAAGUGUGAAAAAUGUGGAUAUAUUAUUUUGACAAAUCGGGAUAUUGGCAAGAAACUUGUAUGCAUGAAUCCACAAGAGCGAUGCAGUCAUUAUAAUCAUACUCAACCAUUAUCCAAUGAUGCAUUUAUGAGUGAUAUUUUAGAAUUAGUGAAUGAACAUUAUAAAUUAAAUUUAACAUAA